CGCUUGUGAGGCGGCGGCGGCGGCGGCGCGCAUGGGGCUGUCCAAGAGCAAAGCCAGCCCCGGCCGAGGCGGGCGAGAGAAACCUGACGGGAAGGUGAAGGUGAGCAAGAAGAAGCUCAUCAUCCCCCAGAUCGUGGUCACCAGGGCCUCACAAGAGACCCUGCUCAGCUACAACUCCGCCACCACCGAUGAGCAGAGAACCAUCAAGGAGGAGGGCAGCUGGGGCCCCUACUACCGGCACCGGAACCCCAGCACCGUGGCCGCCUACAACGCGCACGCCGAAUAAAGGCAUGCCCAGCAAGCGCGUGUGCCUCUCUGGCGGGGCAGCCAUGCCCCUGGCUGCCUGUCUCGACUUCCCCAGAGCUGCCGGUAGCUCAGCAGACGGGAGUGACCCUGGCUCGGCGCAGGCUUGUCCAAGCUGGCCCCGCUGGCGCUGGACAGACACCGAUGAGCCGGUGGGGCUGGUCUGACCCUUGUCCUGCUCGCUUCUGAAGGAGCUGGGGUCGGUUCUGGCAGUUCACGUGAAGACAGGUCUCCACCUUGGAGAAAAGGUCCCGCAGAGCCCUGGAAGGUCCCCAGGGCUCCGAGCUCGACUGGGACCUGAUCCAGGAUAGUAGAGGAUCUGGAAGGAGGGGCGGGGGGCCUUGCAGAGCUGUCCCGGGAGGAGUCAAACUGAAAGAACUCCCUCUUUCUGCCUGUGAGGGGGGCUCCGGUGGUGAGGCCAUUCUGGGGGCCUGAGCCUUGGUGCUGUCAGCUGCCCCCCUCCCCUGUUGGCCCCUGACCCCUGGGCUAGUGUGGUGGGAGAGCAUGUCUGGCCUCGCUGGAGUCGCCGUGUGGCUGCCUUAGUGCCCAGCGUGGCCACAGGUGGUUGCUGUGGGGGUGGGUUAGGGCGCAACCAGCUUGUGUGGCCCGCCACAGCCGGGGCAGCCCGGCCCCUCUCCAUGAGCCCCGCAGGGCACUGCCCUCCGCCCACUGCCCCAGCGCCGCCUCCACAGCGUGAAUUCCAAAAUUAAAACAA